GAGCAAGAUAUUUAUUUUUCUUACACUUUACAAAAUAUACAGCAGCUCCCCCAAACAAAGCCUCCACACCUCAUCGCCGGCAAGAUCCACCGCACCACCACCGUCUCUGUUUACGUUAUUCUUCGACAACCCUUUUUUUAUCUCUCUGAAACACGCCGACCCUUUUGGUCAUUUUUUGUUUAGUUAGCUUUUUAGCCUUCUACAUACACACACAGUAGAACACAGCUUUUGGGGCUGAAUCUGAACAACCCAUAUUGUAAAUUCGUUGAAUUGGUGCUCUUAAUGUGAAAUUUGUGGAAAAUGCGAGUUAUUUAUCUUCUGGGAGCUUUAAUUCUACCAACCCAUUUCACUAAUUCAACACAAUCUUCACUAUGUCAAGAUUCCUUAUGAUAAAAAAUAUUAGAAGAGUUGCAGAAUCCAUUUGCACUAGUCAAAGGAGUCUUCAUUUGGAGGGAAGUACAUAUGGAGCAGUUGUUACAUCUGGGCUACACUCCUCUCACUACAGAUAUUACUCAAAGUACAUUUCCUCUAGUAGCAGAUACUCAUAUUUGGCAUACAAGCCGAUAUAUGGAUUUUGCAAAAGUAGUUGUCCCAAGAAUUAUCAUGUAAUAUCAGCAAGUAACAGAAUUACACACCGUGCCCAGGUUGCUUGGAAGAGGCUUUCGCAGGGACCAUUUUGCAAUGCACAAAAUUGGACCCCUAUUAGUAGACUUGCUCAAGCAACUAGCUUGGCUUUGAGUCGUUCAUAUCUGGUUGUUCCUGGUAUUUUCGCCCUGACAUGUGGGAAUGUUACAUGGGCUCAAGCAUCGGCAAACUCUGAGAGCUUUCAGCAAAGUAAUGCGCUUUAUAUGCAUGCUCAAGAUAGUCAUGCUUUCUUGAUCUCAUUACUCCUUUCAGCAUUUGAAGGUGUCGUCUUGUUGCUGAGAGCUAUUUACUUGACGAUUUUGUUCUCACCCAGCAUAAUGUUGGCUCCAUUUGCGGAUACUUUUGGACCGAGAUAUAGGAAAGUAUGGCUUCAGGUGGUUCAUCGUACUCUGGAAAAAGCAGGGCCAGCUUUUAUAAAGUGGGGACAGUGGGCAGCUACUCGGCCUGAUCUCUUCCCUAAAGAUCUUUGUACCGAACUUUCGAAGCUUCACACAAAAGCUCCUGAACAUAGUUUUGCCUACACUAAAAAGACCAUUGAGAAAGCUUUUGGCCGUAAGCUUUCUGAAAUUUUUGAAAAUUUUGAGGAGGCACCUGUAGCGUCUGGAAGUAUUGCCCAAAUACAUCGAGCAUCUUUGAGGUAUCGGUACCGCGGGCGUGUGAACAAACCUAUUGUUGUUGCAGUUAAAGUUAGACAUCCUGGAGUUGGUAAUUCAAUUAGAAGAGACUUUCAGAUAAUCAAUCUAGUAGCAAAAACUUCAACUUUCAUUCCUGCAUUAAAAUGGUUAAGAUUGGACGAAAGUGUGCAGCAGUUUGCGGUUUUUAUGAUGUCUCAGGUAGACCUUGCAAGGGAAGCUGCCCAGUUGAGCCGUUUCAAUUAUAAUUUUCGUAGGUGGAAGGAUGUUUCUUUUCCGAAGCCUGUUUAUCCACUUGUACAUCCAGCUGUUUUGGUGGAAACAUUCGAGCCAGGGGAUAGCGUUGCUUACUACGUAGAUGAACUUGACGGACAUGAACGACUCAAAAGAUCCCUUGCACACAUUGGAACUCAUGCACUUCUCAAAAUGCUUCUGGUGGACAACUUUAUUCAUGCGGACAUGCAUCCUGGAAAUAUCCUUGUCCGGGUAGCUCGAAGCAAAUCUUCUCGGAAGAGGCUCUUUAAAUCAAAGCCUCAUGUCAUUUUCCUUGAUGUAGGCAUGACUGCAGAACUGUCUGGAAGUGAUAGGGUUAAUUUGGUGGAUUUUUUUAAGGCUGUUGCUCGCCGAGAUGGUCGUACAGCAGCAGAGUGUACACUUCGAUUGUCUAAGCAACAGAACUGCCCUAAGCCAGAGGCCUUCAUAAAGGAAGUGACAGAGUCAUUUGACUUCUGGGGUACUCCAGAAGGUGAUGUAGUCCAUCCUGCAGAGUGCAUGGAGCAAUUGCUUGAGAAAGUUCGCCGUCAUAAAGUUAAUAUUGAUGGGAAUGUAUGCACUGUGAUGGUUACCUUUUUGGUUCUUGAGGGUUGGCAGCGGAAGCUUGACCCAGACUAUGAUGUGAUGCAUACUCUACAGACUCUUCUACUUAAAGCUGAUUGGGCCAAGUCACUUACCUACACCAUUGAAGGACUCAUGGCUCCAUAGCAAUAUUCCGUCACAAAUUUUUGAAAGCUAAACAAAUAAAUAUACGUAAAUCUCUGCAACUUAAGUAAAACAAUUAUGAGCUGUUAGUUCUUUACUUUCCCUCAGUUAGAAGAACCUGUGCGGGAAUUUUUUAUUUUUUAUAUUUUGGUGUUAUAUAUAAUGUUAAACAAUUUUGUAAUGCAAGUAACAAAUUCUAGCA